AUGGAUGCUUCUCCCACCCUGGAUCAGCGGGAUCCUCCACUUUUCCCACCCCAGAUCAGCGGGAUCCUCCACCUGGCCACUGCCACCCUCUGCCACCCACUGCCACCCACUGCCACCAGGCCUGGCAGUGCCACCUGCUGCCACCCUCUGAAACCCUCUGUCACCUGCUGCCACCACUGCCACCCGGCCUGGCCACUGCCAUCCUCUGCCACUCUCUGUCACCUGCUGACACCUGGCCUGGCAGCCACUGCCACCCACUGCCACAUUCUGCCACCCACGGCCACUUUGCCACCUGCUGCCACCACUGCCACCAGGCCUGGCACAGCCACCCUCUGCCACCCGGCCUGGCCAGUGCCAUCCUCUGCCACCCGCUGUCACCAGGCCUGGCCACUGCCACCCAUUGCCAGCCUCCGUCAGCCACUGCCACCAAGUCUGGCCAGUACCAACCUCUGCCACCCUCUGCCACCCACUGCCACCCUCUGCCACCCACUGCCACCAGGCCUGGCCAGUGCCAUCCUCUGCCACUCUCUGUCACCGGCUGCCACCUGGCCUGGCAGCCACUGCCACCCACUGCCACAUUCUGCCACCCACGGCCACUUUGCCACCUGCUGCCACCACUGCCACCCGGCCUGGCAUGGCCACCCUCUGCCACCCGGCCUGGCCAGUGCCAUCCUCUGCCACCCGCUGUCACCAGGCCUGGCCACUGCCACCCAUUGCCAGCCUCUGUCAGCCACUGCCACCAAGUCUGGCCAGUACCAACCUCUGCCACCCGCUGUCACCCACUGCCACCCUCUGCCACCUGCUGCCACCAGGCCUGGCAGUGCCACCUGCUGCCACCCUCUGAAACCCUCUGUCACCUGCUGCCACCACUGCCACCAGGCCUGGCCAGUGCCAUCCUCUGCCACUCUCUGUCACCGGCUGCCACCUGGCCUGGCAGCCACUGCCACUCACUGCUACAUUCUGCCACCCACGGCCACUUUGCCACCUGCUGCCACCCACUGCCACCAGGCCUGGCACGGCCACCCUCUGCCACCCGGCCUGGCCAGUGCCAACCUCUGCCACACGCUGUCACCCACUGCCACCCUCUGUCACUUGCUGACACCCAACCUGGCCACUGCCAUCCUCUGCCACCCACUGCCACCCACUGCCACCAGGCCUGGCACGGCCACCCUCGCCACCCGGCCUGGCCAGUGCCAACCUCUGCCACACGCUGUCACCAGGCCUGGCCACUGCCACCCAUUGCCAGCCUCCGUCAGCCACUGCCACCAAGUCUGGCCAAACGGGCAGCGCGGCACCAAACGCGGCCAGCAUUCCCGCGAUAUUGAGAAUAUUCAGGAAUUAUCCCCCACGCGCGCCGGGCACAUCGCAGCCCCCCGCAACGCCGAGCCUCGGCCUCCAGCCCGCGGCCCCCGCCCGUCCCCGCCGCUCCCGGGGCCGGCCCCGCACCCGGGGGGCACCCACGGCCCGCGGCCCCCGCGCCCUCCCCGCCCCCGCGCGUCCCGCAGCAUCCCCCGCGCCGCCGCCCCCGAGCCCCGGGGGCCGCGCAUCGUGCGCCGGCCGCCUCCCCCGCCGCCGCCCCCGCGGUGCCUUCCCGGUACCUGCGGGGCUGCGGGCCCGAGCCACCAUCGCCGCGGCGGCCGCCGGCGGCGGAGCGGGGCGGGAGCGUUGCGGGAGCGUUGCGGGGCGGGGGCGGCGGCGGGGCCGGGCGGGGAGCGGCGCGCACGGCGGAUCCCCCGCGGGCUCGGCCCCCGCCGCCGGCAGCGGGGCUCAGUUUUAGGAGUCGCCAUGGCAACGGCCAGCCCGGUGCGCGCGGAAGGGGCGGGCGCACGGAAAACUUCGGCGGCUCCGCGGGGGUCCCGGUACCCCCCCCCCCCCCCCCCCCCGAGCUCCCGCCGCUUUCCCCCCCCUCCCCUUCCCCCCCGCCGGUUCUUGCGCAGCCGAUCCCGGACCCCCCGUUUCUCGCUGUCCCCCGGCACCCCCCCGGCCAGCGGGGUUCUCUCCCCCCCUCCCCACCCCGGGAUGAGCCGCGGGGGCGGGGGGGGCAGCGCCGACCCCCGCGCCGGGCGGCGAGAGCAGCGCCGCUCCCUCCCUCGGUGCCCCCCGAACCCCCCCGAACCCCGGGGCCGACCCGCCCGGUGA